CUGUUUCAUUCACUAUAUGCGUAGGAAACAUUGAAUCUCCUCAUAGAAAGGCAUAUAUGUAUUGUUUAUUCUUAUCAGCGAAGAUGAAUCAUGGCUAAGGAAAGAAAAAAAACAAGGUAGCAAAAAGCCAUUCUCGACAUUUGCUAUCGAGUAUUAAGGCCAAAAUACUUUCUUAAAAAAAGUGUUGUUUUUAUUAGCGAUACAAAUAAUAAUGUAUCUGGCAUGAAUAUCUUGUUUCUCAGGUACCCUUCUUAACUUGAAUGUCCUUUUUUCUGUUUCUUGUAUUGUAACUUAUACUUAACAAACAUGUAUCAAGUUCUUGGCAUACUCUUUUUUUUUCUUUUCAUUAUUCCUGAAUCUAUUGCUUUUGGUUUACUUAAUCAUUUAUCAUUAACUUUCUUACUAAAGGAUUUUCUCUUUAUACUCCAUCUUGCUAUUUUAAGGCUAGAACUUAAUACCUCUCAUAUUUUUUGUCUCUUUAUAAAGAUAAAUACAAGUAUCUUGAAUCUCUUCGUGAAAGCUCGAAGUUAUCAAGUUCUUCUAUGCUAUCUUCAUUGUGCCUUGGAUUUCGUUUGUUAUAACUGAGUUUUAAAAGACAAAGGCAACAUAAGCCUCUCGUUGCUAUGGU